AUGGCUGUCAUGGCUGUUUAUUACAGAUUUUACUGGCAAAUGGAGGGUGGAAAUGUGCCUUUGUCUGAAAUAUUGGGUACAUUUCCUCUAUCUGUUGGUGCUGCUGUGGGAAUGGAGUUUUGGGCAAGAUGGGCUCAUAAAGCUCUCUGGCACGCUUCUUUAUGGCAUAUGCACGAUUCUCACCACCGACCCGGAGAAGGUCCAUUCGAGCUUAAAGAUGGACUGAAACAAAGAGAGAAGAGAUAA